AUGUCGACCGAAGGGGAUAUAAAGACAAAAAGCCGCGGACCUUCGAGGUUACCGUUAAUCGGUGUCUUUAAAGAGGUCUUUAACUGGUACCCAUCUGAAUUGCUACUCAAGCUCGAUAUCUCCAUCCUCGUGUUUGCCUGCUUAUGUUUCUUCGUAAAAUAUCUAGAUCAAACAAAUAUCAGUAAUGCCUACGUGAGCGGGCUAAAAGAGGACUUCAGCCUUAACGGAAAUGAGCUCAACUACUUCAACGUCUGCUAUGCCACAUCGAAUGUGGUCUUCCAGGUGCCGGGUAUGCUCCUCAUGUCGCGGCCAAAGCUGGCCCGGUGGCUCCUCCCGACCCUCGAGGUCCUCUGGGGCAUGGCGACCUUCGCUCAGAGCCGCGUCACGAACGUCCACCAGCUGUACGUCCUCCGGUUCCUGGUCGGCAUGCUUGAGGCGCCCGUGUUCGCGGGGACGCACUUCAUCCUCGGGUCCUGGUACAGCGGCCCGGAGCUCUUCCGCCGCGCCGGCACGUGGUUCAUCUGCAACCCCCUGGGCUCCAUGAUCAGCGGCUACCUGCAGGCCGCCGCGUACACGAACCUCUCGGGUUUCGGGGGCAUGGCGGGGUGGCGGUGGCUCUUUAUCAUAAUCACGAUCCCCGUUGCGCUGCUGGGCUAUGUCGUCUUACCCGGUAUCCCGGACUCGCCGAGGCCGUUCUACCUCACUGAGGAUGACACUGAGCUGGACGUUAUCAAGCGGACGCUGAGCCGGUGGCACAUCUGGGUGUUUGUGUUCUGUUACAUCUGCAUGAUCAUAUCAUCAUACCUCUCGCAGUACAUGAACCUUUGGCUGAAGGCUGAAGGCUACAGUACGGUUAAGGCUAACGAGCUGCCCUCCGUGACGUAUGCCAUCCAAGCCCUUGCGUCUUGGCUCAGUGCGACAUUGGCGGCCAUCUAUCCUUCCCGGGCCAUCUACAGCAUCGAGACUACCUGUGUGCUCUUCUCUUCCAUAUGUAUGAUUAUCUGGAAUAUUCCGAAGCCUUUAAAAUCCCCCCUAUUUACCAGUACGAUAUUCAGCGUGUCCGGGUGCGCCAGUCCGAUCUUAUACUCAACCGUCAACUCCAUCGUCAAGGACCAUUCCGAGAAGCGUGCCAUCAUCAUGGGCUCAAUGAUGACCUUUGGUUACUCAUUCCAAAUCUGGGUGCCCCUUCUCAUCUUCCCUAUCGCAGGGACGAAGAAUAACCGGCAGCAGACGGACCUGAGUAAUACUGUAAGCGUUGCAGGAGAUACAAGCCGAGAGAUUGAAUCUGUUGUGACGACGGUAGAUGGCAAGGCGAAGAACUAG